AUGUUGUGUGCACUGUCACAGUUCAUAGAAUCUUUUGCAAAUAACAACAAAAGCAUGCAUCAGCAAGAAAUAAGUGAUGGUGAGGCUGGACACCUUACCCGUGCCAGUCGACGGCACCUUCCACUGCCUACUGGACCACAUACUGUUGGAUGUGUGGAUUUGAUGUGUGACCUCUCCAAUGAUGGGACAUUCUUUAGACUGUAUUAUCCAACAAACAAAACAGAUGUAGUG